GCGUCGCAGUUAUGGACUUUGGUGAACUGUGGUAUAUCUAUAUUUAUUUUGUUUCUGAGAUAUUUUGUGUUGAAUUUUUUAUCAGAAAAUUAAUUUUUUGUAAUAUUUUGUGCAGUUUAAUGCAUAGUGUUUUAAAUUAGUUAUUUGAGGUUGGCUAUAAAUAAAAAAUAAUUUUUAGUAUUUCUUAAAACAAAUGAAUAAAAGAAUGUAUAUUGUAUUUUCAUCAUUAAUUGAACAAUUGACUAUUUAAUAACGCCAAAGUAUGCUUUUCCAGUUUAAUUCAAUUAUUGUAUUAUAUAUUAAAAGUAUCUAUAAAAGUCCAAUAUCCGGUUGAACGGUGAUAAAAAAAAUCUGUUUGUUUACUACACAGUAAGAAGUAGCACGUGGAAUUAAUAUCUAAUUUAUGAAUAAGUCAUCAUUUGUUUAAAUUUAUGAUAAAAUGGAGCAAUCUGAAUUAAAUAUAUGGAAAGGUGAUUGGGGUUUACCAUCAAUAGACCGAGAGUGUUUGCAGGUUUUGGUUUAUGCUAAAUUUAAUAAUAUAGCUUUAAAAGUAAAUAAGUCUAGUAAUGUAUUCAAAACUCCCAAUGGCAGAUUACCUGUAUUCAAAAGUAAUAACAUCACAUUAGAUAAGGUUAAAGAUAUAAUAGACUAUCUUAGAGAAAAUCAUUACAACAAAGAAUUCACAUUAAAGAGAAAAGAAUGUGCAAGAAUAGUAGCUUAUGAUACAAUGUUGCAACAAAAAUUAUAUCCAGCAUUACAGUUCAUUUGGUGGGUGGAUGAAAGAAAUGUAAAUGAAUUAAUAAGACCAUGGUACUGUAAAGCAAUACCUUUCCCAUUUAAUUUUUAUUAUCCAUCAAAAUUUGAACAAGAAGCACGUGCUAUGUUUGAAACCUUGUAUCCCAGAGAAGAUGACAUGGCUGUUAUAGAAAAUAAGGUAUAUUCUGAAGCCCAAAAAUGUUUAGCAAUAUUGUCUGCAAGUCUUGGAGAUUCAAACUAUUUUUUUGGUUCAGAACCUACCAUACUAGAUGCCAUUGUAUAUUCUUAUUUGGCACCAUUACUUAAAGUUCCUUUACCUAAUCCAGCUUUACAAAAUCAUUUAAAGAACUGCAAAAAUUUAGUAACGUUCAUAACGCGUAUAUCGGAAAGAUGUUUCAGCAGUGAAUGUCAAGAAUAUAAAGCCAAAGAAAAUGCUCAAAAUAUGAAAACUAGUUCAAAUAAUGAUUACCCUCAUAAAAGAAGAAAUCAAAUCCUUGCUGGACUUUUUACUGUUGUAGUGAUGACAACUUAUGUACUUUCAACUGGAAUUUUAAAGGUAUCGGUAAAGAGGAAUGAAAUAACGGAAAUACGUGCAGAGGGUAUAGUUGAGGAUGAAUAAGAAUUCGGGAGAUAUAAAACCAGUUCAUUAAAAAGACAAGUUUUAAGUAUAACAUUAAUAUAACUUUUAUUUUUUGUUUCUACAAUUUUUCUUUGAUUUUAUCAGUAAAUUGUAAUUAUUAUCAAAGAAUAUUAUUACGUAAUAAUUAAUUAUGAUCAUAAAAUUGUAUAAAUAAAUAUGUUGAUCAAAAAUAUGUACAUUUAAUGUUCUAUUUGUUAUUAUUUUUGUAUUUCGAUAGGAUACCUGUUGUUGCUUGCUGAAUUUCCUCGAAGAAACUUUGGGAAUUAUGAAUAGUGGUACCACCUAAUAUAAUCUUUAUCCCUGGAUUUUGUUUAUUUAAAUUAUAAACAUUUAAACUUUCUUCGUAGGUAGUUCCCCCGAUCAUGAAAACAAUGAUAUCCUGUGGCCUGUUAUAGAUAGCUAUUAUUAGUAAGUAUUUUUAUCUUAAUAUUAUGUUUACACGAACACUACAUUCUUUUCUCCAGAUUUUCUGCAACAGUAUAAAAUUUACCUUUUCGAUACCAUUGUAUUUCCAAGAUACGGAAAUGUUUGUAAGCUUAAUCUUCCUUUGAUUAAAUCUUCAAGUGUUUCAUUUAACAAAGGUGAGUGUUGGGUGUAUAUAUUGUCUACCCCAUUUAAUCCUUUGAAUAAUUUUUUGGUAAUUUUAGCUACUGAUUCACGAUCGAAUAAAUUACUUUGUCUUGCAUUGAUUCCACUAUAUUCUAAUAUGUUAUACACAAGCUGAAGUUUUAUUUCGAAGUAAUUAAUUACAAAAUAUUUAUUAAAUUUUCAAUUAAAAUUACAUUAAUUUUAACGUACCUUAAUGUACUUUUCGGAAAUCCCUUUAUUUUUCAAUAAAUUUAAUAGACCACUGAUAUCAUUAUUCGCAUGUUUCUCGUAGUGGAGUGCGUAAAGCAUUACCAAUCGUACGCAAUCGAUUUCCCGGAUUUGUUGAUUAUUAAUAAGUUCUUUUAUCUGUUGCAGCUGUCAUAAAAUCAAUAGAAAAUAUUGAUGGUUGUUAUAAGCAACAAAUAACAGAGCAUGCAAAAUUAAUUAUACCUGCAUGGAAUGAUCACUCCGACAACUAAGCUCUUGUUCCAAUUCCGAUACUCGUAAUAAAUUAUGUUUUUCCACAA